CAAAAGACUUUUUUCUAUUACUUUUUGUUGUUAUAAACUAAACUGAAUUUGUGUUUCUUAUCAUAUACUUUUAUAUACAGAAUCCUUCAUUUUGCUAUUUGCUUGAUCCCAUUAAUCCACAAAAACUGAAUUAUCAAAACAGAGUACCAAAAAUGGUAGCUACAAAAAGCUUCACCUACCAUCUUCUCACAGGUCGUUGGUUCAUGUUAUUUGCUUCUUCACUAAUCAUGUCUGUCGCAGGUGCAACCUACAUGUUCGGUCUUUACUCUAACCAAAUCAAAACCUCUUUAUCCUACGACCAAACUACUCUUAACUUACUUAGUUUCUUCAAAGACCUUGGUGCCAAUGUUGGUGUUAUUUCCGGUUUGAUCAAUGAAAUCACACCACCUUGGGUUGUUCUCUCUACCGGUGUCAUCAUGAAUUUCUUUGGUUACUUCAUGAUAUGGCUUUCUGUUACUAAAAAAAUUCAUAAACCCAAAGUUUGGUUAAUGUGUCUUUAUAUUUGUAUUGGUGCAAAUUCUCAAACUUUUUCUAACACGGGUGCUUUAGUUACCUGUGUUAAGAAUUUUCCUAAUAGUCGUGGUAGUGUUUUAGGUUUUUUGAAAGGUUAUGUUGGUUUAAGUGGUGCUAUAAUCACACAAAUUUAUCAUAGUUUAUAUUAUGAUUAUGAUGAUGAAAAUAAUGUUCAAGCUCUUAUUUUACUUAUUGCUUGGCUUCCUGCUGCUGUUUCUUUUCUUUUUCUUCCAACUAUUAGGAUAUUGAAAUUGAAUCAACAACAAUUUUCAAAAGAGAGUAAUUUUUUUUAUAAUCUUCUUUAUAUUUCACUUGGUCUUGCUUUGUUUCUCAUGGUUUUGAUUAUUGUCCAAAAUAAGUUUAGUUUCUCAAGGAUUGAGUAUGUAGUUGGUGGAGUUGGUGUUAUUUUCUUCCUACUUCUUCCACUUGUUGUAGUUUUUAGAGAGGAAUUUAAGCUCUUGAAGGACAAUUCUAUUUCUCAAUUGAAAGUUAUCAAUGAACUUCCACAUGGGAAUAUGUCAUCACAUGGACAAGAAAUGGACGUGCCAAAAAUAACAUCAACUAUUAAAACAAAUUUGGAGAACAAAAAUUCUUGUUUCAAGACUCUGUUUAAAUCUCCAAAUAGAGGUGAAGACUACACAAUUUUGCAAGCUUUGUUUAGUAUUGACAUGUUGAUCCUCUUUAUAGCAACAACUUUUGGUGUUGGUGGAACAUUAACAGCAAUUGAUAACUUAGGGCAAAUUGGUCAUUCAUUAGGAUAUCCUAGUAAAAGUACUACAACUUUUAUGUCACUAGUGAGUAUAUGGAACUAUCUAGGACGAGUUGCGGCGGGUUAUAGUUCAGAAAUCUUGUUAAACAAAUACAAAAUCCCUCGUCCAUACUUGCUCACUACUGUUAUGCUUCUAUCUUGUGUUGGUCAUAUUCUAAUAGCUCUUGGUAUUCCAAACUCUCUUUACUUUUCUUCUGUGAUUAUUGGAUUUUGUUUUGGAGCUCAAUGGCCAUUGAUGUUUGCAAUCAUAUCAGAAAUUUUUGGAUUGAAAUACUACUCAACUUUGUACAAUUUUGGAGCUGUGGCAAGUCCUGUGGGAUCUUACAUAUUAAAUGUGAGACUGACUGGUUAUUUAUAUGAUAAAGAAGCUUUGAAACAGUUGGAGAAUAAUGGACUAAAGAGACAAGAAGGGAAGGACUUAACUUGUGUUGGUGUAGAGUGUUACAAGAUGGCUUUUAUUAUUAUCACAACAUCAACAUUAAUUGGAUGUUUUGUUUCUUUUAUUUUGGUGCUUAGGACAAAGGAAUUUUACAAAGGAGAUGUAUUUAGAAAGUACAGGGCGGAACUUGAAGCAGCUGAGGCUGAGAAGAAGAUUGUGAAAACUAGUGAUACUCUAUUUGAAAGUGAAGACAUCUAAAACAACACAAAGUUAAGCUAUGUUGGAGAUACUCAUACUCUUCCAUGAUAAUUAAAUAACAUGCUAGAGUUUAAAGAAUUGAUCGGAUCAAAAUUUAAGAUGAAGUUAAAAAUAUGUGCCCAUAGAUCAUAAUAUAAUAGAAAGAGAUGUGUGGUUAAUGUUUAGCUAUGAAUAUUGAAUUGAUGUUUGGACUUUUUUUUAAAUAAAAUAAAAAGAAUAGAUUGUGCUUUCUUGAA